GCCAUGUGUUGCGCUCAUGAUGCGUCACACACUACUUCCUUCUUCUGCAAAAUGUACCAUAAGACACAAAUGCAAGCCAGUUUGAAGAGGAACGUCAAACAAUAAAAGCAGCACUGAAUUAUUUCAGGAUGUCCGUGUUGGCAAGUCACAAACUUUGGAGAUCCGUGGAUUAUUUUUCUUUUACCAGUGGACAAGCUCCACAGAGUGAUAGACAGACUUAUGACAUCCUAACUAGCCUACUGUCUAAAGGAUUUUCUCUGUGAAGUGUGCAGCAAUGGAUUCUCUGUACAUCGCUAUAGAACUAGUGAUCGCCGUACUGUCAAUCGCUGGUAAUGUACUGGUGUGCUGGGCUGUGGCCAUCAACUCCACUCUCAAGAACGCCACCAAUUACUUUCUGGUGUCACUAGCCGUGGCAGAUAUUCUGGUUGGCUGUCUUGCCAUCCCUUUUGCCAUCACUAUAAGCAUUGGUCUGCGCUCAGACUUUUAUGGAUGUCUUUUCCUGGCGUGUUUUGUUCUGGUACUGACUCAAAGUUCAAUAUUUAGUCUUCUUGCGGUUGCCAUCGACAGAUAUCUGGCUGUAAAAAUCCCCCUGAGGUAUAAGGAGCUUGUCACAGGGAAAAGGGCAAGAGAGAUCAUUGCCAUUUUAUGGAUCUUAUCCUUUAUCAUUGGGCUCAUCCCAUUUGUAGGCUGGAACCGUAAAGACUUGUCCUGCUCCAGAAAUGAAAGUGGCUCUAUACAGACUGGCAACAGCAGUGAUGCCGCUGACAUGGAAACAGGCUUCUUGCAAAGCUGCUGCCUCGAGUGCUUCUUUGAGAACGUGGUGGACAUGAGCUACAUGGUGUACUUCAACUUCUUUGGUUGUGUGCUGCCGCCUCUGCUUAUCAUGCUGGGAAUUUACAUCAAGAUCUUCACAGUAGCACGUAAACAGCUACAUCAGAUCGAGCUCAAAUGCAGCGUGAGUAAUGGCGAGAAUCACCACCAUGGUCUGCUGCAACGGGAGAUUCGUGCCGCUAAAUCGCUCUCCAUCAUCGUGGGCCUGUUCGCUCUCUGUUGGCUGCCUGUGCACAUCUUGAACUGCCUCACUCUCUUCUACAGCGAGCUGGAGAAACCCAGUUUCAUCAUGAACACUGCCAUCAUACUCUCGCACGCCAACUCCGCCGUCAAUCCCAUUAUCUACGCCUACCGUAUUCAGGAGUUCAGAUUCACUUUUAGGAAGAUUCUGAACCGCCAUUUCCUUUGUCGACGGGAUGAGUUGUAUCGCAGCUCCACCGGAAGCAGCAUUCACAGAGACCAGAUUAAAAUGACCAUUGACCCUCUGCUAUAGAUGUCAAAAAGAGAUAAAUGUUUACAGGCCAAUGAACUGCAAACAACAAAAUGUCUAGCGUGGGCAACUAUUCAUGAAGACCUUUGAUAUUGGGGACACGCUUGAAAAAAAAACUCAACCACUACAAAUCUGUGGAAAUAUUUAUAUAUUGCAUUUCCAAGCACUAACAAACUUGAGCAGCGGCCUUAGGUCAAGCUAAGUGUUUAUAACACAGGAUUGAAAGGUAAGAGCUGUCAGUGUGUCUCUGGAAAUGCUGAACCACAUAUAUGGGAAACCUAAAUGAAGAUCCUGUAGAACAAUAAAACAGUCAUCUUGGGCAGCUUUAGUUCAAUCUUUAAUAAUCCCGCGUCUGUAGAACAGCCCACAGGAACAAUCUGAAAUUAUAAGGCACAUCAGCUGAAUACACCACCGUGGAACAGGGGACACAAAGAAACCGUGUCUGAUUGCUUGAAUGUAUUAGGACUUUUCCUUUUCUUUUUUAAAGGGUAACUAAACCCCUGGUCAGAGCCUGACUCCACCCACUGGCAAUAUU